CCAUCCAAACAAGCUGUUAGAAAGAAAGGACAACUGGACGAGCAAAUCUCAAAUUCCCAAUCCUUCCAGAAACCCUCGGCUCAGACUGGUCGCCGCUAUUCCGUCAUCCAACACCGUCGGCAACUUCUCCAAAAUGGUGAUUCCUCCGCCAAUUAGACCAGACAGAGUGACGAAGUAUCUCAAACCAUAUGUGCUGAGGAUGCACUUCACAAACAAGUAUGUAAACGCUCAAGUAGUUCACACGCCAACUGCAACAGUGUCUACUUCUGCAAGCACACAAGAGAAAGGCUUAAGGCUUGCCAUGGUAGAAGCAAAAGAAAAUACUAGAGAUGUGGCUGCAGCUGCAAAAAUAGGUAAGUUAUUGGGAGAGCGGUUGCAGGCUAAAGGUAUUCCUGCCAUAUCUGUUUUCUUUAAGAGAGAGCAAAGAUACCAUGGAAAGGUCAAAGCAGUUAUUGAUUCAGUGAAAGAAGCCGGCAUAGAAUUGGUUUGAUUUGGAGCACAUGACCGUUUCCUCGUUUCAUGUCCUGCCGGAUUUCCUCCCCAAGGCAAAGAAUUUAUUUGUCUAUUGGCUUUGCAAAUCCAUUUUCCUAGUUAAGCGCUAUUUGGACAAUUUCUCGUCUCACUUCUUGCAACUGGAGCAAUGUGUGGUUUGCAAUGUAUAAGAUGUCACAUUUUGCAACAUUAUCACAAUUCACAUGAUACUUUGAUCAA